GAAACUGAAGUAAACUACUGAAGCGAUUUAAAACCUCGUGAUUCAAUGGAGAAGUUUCAAAUUACACACUUCCUGGACAAAAUUUUUUUAUUGAGAAGCGCUAUGAGUAAUCAAUGUCAAGGUCUGAAAGAAUGCUAAACGAUAUGAGUGCAGAGACAUCGUCCUUACUACGGAGCAAGAAAGAUGUGAGUAUGAAAGGGAGUAGAUUUGAAGUGGAAAAUAUUGUCUGGCAUUUGGUUACUAGUUAUGCAUGAACCUAUCAAAGUUUAAUGAAUAUAUGAAACAAAGCUUAACAGAUCCUGGUUCAAUGUAUUAUUGCAUGUUACUAAGAGAGAGUUCAUUUGCAUGUAACAAUUCUUUGAUCUUUUGGCUCUGUUAUGUAUGAUUCGAUAGGUAGGUAAGGUUUACAUAGGCAUACUUUCUCAGAAUCUUGUAUUGUGACAGUCACAUGAAAAUGAAGUAGGAAACAAUAAUAGCGACCUUAAGCAUGUAGGAUGGGAACGUGACGGUGACGGCAAACAAACUUGUUGAACCAAAUGAUUACAGAAGAAAAGCUGUCGUCUAUUAUCCAUCGUAUGAAAAUAAUACAGUUUAAUGAUCAAAAUUAACACAGGGUUUAUAAAUGAAAAAAGUUCAGGACCCAAUUUAAAAUAGCAGUGCUCCCAGCUUGAAAUGUAAGCGUUGUAUACAAGAUGUGAUAAUCUGUAUUUUGCAGUUGUAAAACAGAGCUACGGCGACAUCUAAAACGUCCGUGUGAUUUCAAUUAUUAAUUUCUGCUCAUUUUCUUGCAUUGAUAUGAUAUUAUUAGCUGUUCUCGUUGCACUUUCAUUCUGCUUUGUUGAAGUUCUAAUAACGGUAGUUCUUUAUAAUUAUAAAAGUGUAAAAUUGAAGGCGGUUUCUUGAUUAAGCUUUGCUAUAUAUGUCCAAUAUACAACCAUCUGACACAUUUCGACCAUCAUACGUACACCAUCUGUACCAUCUUCACCAUCUGACAACCCUUCCCUGUAUAACCACCUUACACCAUCUGACAACCAUCUGACACAUUUCAACCAUCAUACACCUUCAUACACCAUCUGACAACCAUCUGACACAUUUGGACCAUCAUACACCAUCUGACAACCCUUCCCUGUACCACCACCCUACACCAUUAUACACCAUCUGUCAACCAUCUGACACACUUCGACCAUCAUACACCAUCAGACAUCAGAUGCCUGUAUUGGACAUUAAUAAUAAUAAUAAUUUAAUAAUUUAUAUUGUGCUUUUUACAUACAAUGAUCAAAAGCGCAUUACAAUACACUCUAUUAUACAUGCAUAUUUGCUUAAGUUCUCUUACUAAUGAAAUGACAUGGCGACGUUCUCAAGCAACAAUAUCACCUAUUUUGACAAUGAAACAACAAAACAUAAAGAAAGUUAAUACUGGCCCCAAUAUAUUAACAUUCAUUCAGAGCUGGUUGUUCAGAACCAAUUAUCUUAACCUAAAAUCUAAAGCAAACUGCCCAACAGCUUGUGUAUAAUAUUACUUCAGAAAUCUUGUCUGGAUCAGUAGGAGUUUUCUUCUCUGAAGUUUUGAAAAUGGUCAUUCCAGAAAACAUCCAUACCUCCCCCACUGAGGAAAUUGGAAGUUAACCCCCCUACCCUCUUUGGAUGUCCUAAUACACUUACUAUUAUCAGAAACAAUUCUUCCUCUCCGGACAGCAGAAAUUUCCUCUGUUGGGGGGUGCAUCUUUUCUGGAACGACCCAAUAAACAGACAUGCACAAAAACAAAAACAGCAGGUUAAAAUUUAACCGAGGGUUUGCACCAAUCCAGCUUUGAACAAUCAGCCCUGAUCAAUUAUUUUUCUAAUUCUUAAAACAAACUGAAUACCAAUUGAUGUAAAUUUCCAUUUUUGACUCACAGAUAUUGCGAAGCGACAUCUGUGAGUCUUUGUGGUUACGUGUGGGGUGAGUGUGGGGCAGUUAAACAAAUGAAUGGAAAAUGACCAGCCUGCUUUGCACACACUGUUUGCCUGCGAAUUGGGCCUUUCAGAACCAGAAAUCAGGCUUGGAGCAUGCAUUUCAGGGUUCAAAAUAGCUGCCGGCUUCCAGCGAUAGCCGGCAGUUUUAGGACCUUGCAGGCGAUUUUUAAUGUCAAAGCAUAGAGGAUCGACGAAAAUAUUAUAUUAAUAACUUGUUAAUGUUUGUUCCUACACCAAAUAAAAUGUAUUACUGCAUUCUUACUGCAUUCUUACAGAUUGGUUUACAUCACUAUUAUUUGGCCUUAGUAUGCCCACUCCAGAACAUAACUAAACUUCGCUUGGAAAAUAGCCAGCAAAAAUUUUCACCUACCGGUACAAAAAACAGCCUAUAAAAUUUGACAUAUUUUGGGAACGUUAUUUCGAACCCUGCAUUUGUUCUUUUGAUUUGGCAAAAGAAGCACGACAAAUAGGUGAAUGGCAAAAUUUGCGUGGUGGCCAGUUUGCAAAAACAACUCAAUCUACUGCAACUGCUCUUAUUCUUUCUGUCACUUUUAUUUGAUCUUAUCUGUGAGUCGGCCUCAACAGCCUUUGAUUACUCUUGCCAGGUGUCCUUCUACUCUGGUUCUAUGGGUUCAACUAGUUCUAUCUCAACCACAAAACAGAGGAAGAUAAAGCCAGGAAGAUUACAAACUGUAUUUUCCAAAUAUGAGGUUUGUUGGUUGCAUGAAGUUAAUAUGUAAAUUGUAUUUUACCAUCAAUUAGGGCAGGUUUUUUUUUCAGGGAUUUUUUAGGGCUGUUAAACGGCCCCAAAAACUCAAUCUUGAAUUGAGUUUUGAAACUCAAUCUUCUCACCAAAGUUUCAGUGCAGUAAAAAUGAAGUUGUUUGAGUUAAAUUUGUGAUGUGUGGAAAUUAGUUUUCAGUUGGAAACCCGACAAUUAAGAAAAAAUGGCUGGAAUUCAUCUCACAACACAAGAAAAACUAUGCAUUCACCAUCUUUAACCAGUUUAUAGUGUCCCUUAGUGCCCCUGCUUUAACACAUUCCGUCUGGUGCAGCCACCCCAGCUGUUCUUUGCAAAAACGGACCGAAGAGAAAAUCCUGGAAAAAAAACCUGAAUUAGGGGUGCACCAGAACUCGAUUCCUGCCAGUUAGUUCUGGCUGAAACCUUAUUUUUUAGGGAUGACCCUUACUGUACCUGUAGGGAGAACAGUUUAGAACUGAUAGAGGUAUCCAGUAUAAAUAAAGUUUAGUUUAGGUUUCCUCCUGUAGUAACACUGGAUCAAUAAGAGAUGAUCCUUACUGGACCUCUAGGAAGAACAGUUUAGAACUGAUAGAGCUAUCCAGUAUAAAUAAAGUUAGUUUACUUUAGUUUUCCUCCUGUAGUAACACUAGAUCAAUAAGAGAUGAUCCUUACUGGACCUCUAGGGAGAACAGUUUAGAACUGAUAGAGCUAUCCUGUAUAAAUAAAGUUAUUUUAGUUUAGGUUUCCUCCUGUAGUAACACUGGAUCAAUAAGAGAUGAUCCUUACUGGACCUCUAGGAAGAACAGUUUAGAACUGAUAGAGCUAUCCAGUAUAAAUAAAGUUAGUUUACUUUAGUUUUCCUCCUGUAGUAACACUAGAUCAAUAAGAGAUGAUCCUUACUGGACCUCUAGGGAGAACAGUUUAGAACUGAUAGAGCUAUCCAGUAUAAAUAAAGUUAGUUUAGUUUAGGUUUCCUCCUGUAGUAACACUGGACAAUAAGAGAUGUCACUCUUGCUGGACCUCUAGGAAGAACAGUUUAGAACUGAUAGAAUUAUCCAGUAUAUAAAUUAAAAUGUAAUUUGCAAAGAAUUGUUCUGUUCAUUAUACACAAGCAUGAAUCAUUAUAUUCUCUUAGAGUCUUGAUUAUGAAGUCCCUGAGAAUGAACUUUACAUUGAAGAGUAUAAAGCCAGUACACCUAAGGUAUUGUUUUUACUUCUGAAUAAAUGUAUGCGUGCCUUAGUUAGGGAAAGUGUUGCAUUAUAAUGGCUGGUUUAACAUUACAGAGUUUAACCCAUGAAGUUGCAUGGAGCCCCGGCCGCCAAUGUGCCCUACUUUAUGCCAGACAAUUUUACUCAUCAAGGGGAGAGCGUACCAGCUCAUUAUGGCUUACUGUAACAUAAUUCGGUAAACUUGGUCUCACUGACAAUAUGUCAAGCCAGCCUAUGAUUUAGUCAGACAGGAUUGGAGAUGAAUUAUUAUAUUAAGAUCUUGACAGAAAAAAGUUGUACAGUACAUUGGAAAAUGAGGAUGAAAUUAUGCAAAUUAAUGUGGCAAAGCGAUCAGCUUUAAUGUAGAUGUAGAACGAUCAUUGGACUACAACAUAAGCAUUUUGCUUGGGAAAAUUGGCCAAUGGCCGACUGUUGAUAUUGCCCACACAAUUAGCCCAGCCUAGCAAUUCUAUACAUACUGUAUUUGUAGCAUCAUAUCAGAAUUGGUAUGUCAAGAUGGAUUGUCAUGCUGUUGGUUGGUAUCAUGACAGCUUUAGUUGCUGUUUUUAUUGACAUCUGUAUUGUAGAACUGUCAACAUGGAAAUAUAGUUGUUUACACGGCUGUAUCCUUGUCAAUAUCCUAAGGAAUAUUACUAUUAAAGUAUUGAAAGUAAAAUUGUAUUUAAUUCUUGAAAACCACUUGUGAUCACAAAUAAUACUGUAAUAUAUUGCUGCAAUUGCAUCAAUCUCUCCAUGUGUGUCAGUCUUACCCAUCAAGUUGCAUUACACCCUAACUGAUGCGCCCUACUUUAAUUUUUUACUCUGUCUAACACCAGACAAUAGACAAUUCCCAUUAACAGUACAAGACUCUCUAGUCCAUUAAACAGAGUAAUAGCAUCAAGUACUGUAGGGCAUAUUUGGGUACAUAGUAGCUUAAUGAAUAAUGGGUUAAUAUUAACGACAACAAUUGUAAUUCAACUGAAUUUGAAAUACUGGAAUUUAAAUGUUCUGAAUGCAUUACUAGUCCGGGACAGAUGUUGCUACUGUACAUACCCUCCCCUUCUCACAAGAGUAACUUUUUUAUGAUGUUUGUGAUGUUACUCUGAGUUUGCAUCCACACCGAGCAGGCUGAAAAGUUAGCUUGGCCACGGUAGAUCGCGGGUUUGAUUCCCACCGUGGCCAAGCUAACUUUUCAGCCUGCUCGGUGUGGAUGCAAACUCAGAGUAACAUCACAAACAUCAUCACCUGAGUACAUAACACCAACACACACAAAAAUAAUCAUAUCAUAGAAUACACUGAUAUCGAAGGAACUAGACUUAUGUAGUUCCGAAAUAUCGUCAACUCGAACCAACUUGACCACGUAGCUCAGUGGGAAGAGCAUUGGACUAGUAUCCCAAAGGUCGCGGGUUCGAUUCCCACCAUGGCCAAGCAAACUUCUCAGCUUGCCCGGUGUGGAUGCACACUCAGAGUAACAUCACAAACAUCACAUUCACCUGAGUACAUAACACCAACACACACAAAAAAUAAUAAUCUUGGCAUUCCCGGAAAGAGCAUACUAAAAUGAGUAAAAUUGCAAAGUUUGGUUGCGAAAUGUUGUAAAAUGCGGAAAAUAUAGCCUUGCAAAGGUUGCCGCAAAUUUUGUAUACUUUUGUAUUGCGUGCGGAAAUUCCUACCACAUUUGAGCAGAAAAUGAGCAAUUUCUGCACGCAAUACAAAAGUAUACAAAAUUUUCAAACUUUGCAAGGCUAUAUUUUCCGUAUUUUACAACAUUUCGCAACCAAACUUUGCAAUUUUACUCAUUUUAGUAUGCUCUUUCUAGCUGUGGUGAUUUAUUUGCAUCUCCUUGCCUAGUUUUAAAAUUAGUCUAUAAUGGGAAUUGCUUAUUUAACUUGGCAAGGGGAAAGCGCUGGUGGUCAAUGGGUUAAUCAGACAAUUCUGUCCAUGUGUCUAGUUAACCCAUUAAGUUGCAUUGCACCCUAAUGCACCCUACGAUUUAACUUGUCAAAGGGAGAGCUCUGGAACUCAAUGCAUGGGUUAACGUAUAAUCAUAAUUAUUUAUUAUAUGGCUUUUCAAAAUUCUCUAUUCUGCAUGAUUGGUUGACAAGCGGUCCGUAAAAACCCAUAUCCGGACCGUGGUCCGUAUUUUCUGCAUCUGGACUGGUGUCCCGGAUGUCGUUUAUCUGGCGGGAAAUUUUUGCUUGGCAAACAGAAAAAUUUUUGCUUUUUAAUUUUCCAAUUGUGUGUCAUUAAAAUUUACAGAUAAAAAUUUCAAACAACCAACUAGUUUUUGAUUGAGUAUGCAUGCCUACCAUUGUUACCCAGUGAAACUGACGAUAGCCGAUUUAAUUCGAAAAGCAUAUGCUCACAGACUCAGUUCAGCCAUAUAAUAAACCAAUUAUUCAUGACCUCGCUUGUUCGGUCUGUACUGUGAAAUAUCAGGCCUCUGUUUUUUGCAUGGACCUCGCUCCUUCGUCGCUCGGUCCAUACUAAAAAACCUCGGUCUGAUAUUUCACAGUACAGACCUCACGCUCGAUCAAUAAGCCGUUAAUAAUUACAAAAAUUAUAGUAUAGUUAUUAAAGUUGUGCCUUCUGUUGUGAACCUUAACAUAUGGUGAAGAUUUUGAUCGGUAUAUUUCAGAAGAAGGAAAAAUAUUAAUUCCAUUUUGUCUAUGGAUUGCCAUGGAUAUGGCAAUGGUGGCGUUUGCGGCUUUCUUGGUUUCAUAUGGAGAGGUGAGUCAAGAAAUUUUAAAGACAUGAGAGUUUAUCAUGGUAUAACCGAUAGUGCUCGUAAACCCACCUGAACUCUCAAAUGAGAAAGUUGAUUUAUAAAUUUCUGGACCAACAAUAAUGUUCUCAUUUCUUUGCGUUUUGCUCAAACUGGGCGAUUUCAUAAUAUGUUUUCUAUGCAUUACUUCUUUAUGUUUUUUUAGCCUGUUGCGGCCGGAAGUGGUAUUCCAGUCAUCAAAUGUUUUCUGAAUGGUGUGAAAAUUCCUCAUGUUGUCAGAUUAAAGGUAGGAGCAAAUCUGAGGAAUUAGGACAGGGUGGUAGCCAGAAGAUUAAAAAAUUCCGCAGUUCAAUGAAAUUAGGAAUUUCAGUUAGCCUGCGACAUUCAGACCGGAGUUAAGGAAUUAGCCAUCACAGGGCUGCAAAUAAAUAUUUGACUUGACAGAACAUUUCUCCGAUCACUUUUAGUUUUGGUCGGACAUAACUUGAAUUUGGUCGGACAAAAACCAACACCACUAAAUUUGGUCGGACAUAUAUAGUAUACGUCACAAGAUAUAUAUAUAAGUCACGAGACAAGUAUGUAUAGCCAUUCCGGCGCAACGUUAAGUAAAAUGCUAGAAUGCCUCGUAAAUUUUAUUGCAAAAUGCAAAUUGAGUGAAUUUGCAAUCGGAUUUUGUCACAGCAAAAAAAUGUAUGUGACAAUUUUUUUUGUGAUCGGACCAAUGUCCGAUCAAAAUUACUUUUGCUCGGACAUUUGCCAAAUUUAGUCGGACAUUGUCCGAUGUCCGACAGUAAUUUACCUCCUGGAUGUAGUUGUGCAAAUCCCAUGUUGGAGGGACAAGAAAUAUGGCAUAUCACACAUUUAAAUUAAAAGUUUAAUGUAAAAAGGAGAUAUUUCAUUUUUGGUCUUCCAAAAAGUUGAUAUUUGAUAGUAGAUAAUUCUACAAUAGAUACUUCUACUCUUUUACAUAUUUGACACCUGUUACCAUAUAUUCUGUUCCUCCAAACGAUAUUGAAAUGUUAAUGAUCGCAUUUGUAGUUUUUUUUAAAUUUAAAUUAUCCUCUUACCUUUCUCUGUAUUUUCUACAGACUUUGGUGAUAAAAGCGGUUGGUGUGAUCUUCGCCGUAGCCGGUGGUCUGGCAGUUGGCAAAGAGGGUCCCAUGAUUCAUUCUGGUGCCGUGUUAGCCGCGGGAAUCUCUCAGGGAAGGUCCAUCUUAUUCCGAAAAGAUUUCCAACUUUUUGAGAAUUUCAGAACAGAUCACGAAAAAAGAGAUUUCGUCUCUGGUGGAGCAGCGGCCGGCGUCUCGGCUGCUUUUGGAGCACCUGUCGGUAAGCAGACCCGUAAAUAAUUAUUUUGUUUGGAAGGACAAAUGUCCGGCCAAGACAAAAUCUAAUCGGACAUUUAUCAGUUUCUCUUUCUCUGGAUAAAAGAAGAUUUUUUAAAAAAAAAAUUUUUUCUUUUAUUAAUAAAAGAAGAUUUUCGGUAAUAGACCCAUUGCACAUGACGUCACAGCGCCGGUGACGAUGCAUCUGGAGGACAAAUUAGCAAUCCAUGCAUAAUAUAACUUUUGUAAACAAAGCAAAUUUUGUAAAACUUUAUAAUAAUUUUGUAUUAAAAUGGUUAGUUUUUGCGCUGUAUAUGUGGUUGUUGUACCCGAACAGAUAUUGUUAGGGAGCAUCUGGAGGACACUCUAAGGAUUUGUGACGUCAGUGCAAAGGGUCUAUAAAAGAAGAUUUUCGGCAUUCGAAAAAAAUAUGAUGACGUCAUCAUGUGACGUAAUAUUGGCAUGUAUAUAAAUUUGUGUGACGUCAUCAGGUCAUUCAUUUGUAUAUAUAUAUAUAUAUAUAUAUAUAUAUAUAUAUAUAUAUAUAUAUAUAUAUAUAUAUAUAUAUAUAUAUAUAUAUAUAUAUAUAUAUAUAUAUAUAUAUAUAUAUAUAUAUCAUGCAGUGUUAAUUUGUUAACAGUUUAGAUAUUAUUGUCCUUGUUAAUUGCUUUAUUUUGUUAUUAAAUUGUUAGUGACAAGUUAAAAAAUUAUUGAUUUUUAAAUGAGUAUAAUAUAGAAAAAUAGAAAUAAAAAAAUAAUAAAAGAAAAUAAAACAAGAAAUUUAGCCAAAAAAAUCUUCUUUUAUUAAUUAUAAAUGCAAAUAAAAGGGAAAAAAGAUUUGCCAACUCUGGCUUCUCUCGGACAAUGGACAAAGUAAAAUGUUUCAUAUCAUGGCGUUAAAACGUAUAAUAAUAUAAUAAAACAUAUUAUUAGCACUGACGAAGAUCCGGGCUUACGGAUCGAAAGCUUUGCAGUAAUAAAUUUACGUGGUGUUUCCACAAACAAAACUCUUAUUAGAUGACGAUGUAUUUCGCCUUUCUAGCUGUGGUGUUGGAUUUCGUUCUUCUUCCCUUGACCAAAAUUUAGUCUAUAGUUGGAAUCACCCAUUAUUCAUUAAAAUACAAUGGACAACUUGCAUGUUAGACUAAAUUUUAAUCUAAGUAAAGAGAAGGGAAUCAAACACAACAGUUAAACAGAACAUAAUGAAAUUAGUAAAAUUGCAACAUUUGGUUGCGAAAUGUUGUAAAAUACAGAAAAUAUAGCCUUGCGAAGUUUGCACAUUUUCAGUAUAUUUGUAUUACGUACGGAAAUUGUUACCACUUUCGGCUCAAAAAUGGUAACAAUUUCCGCACGUAAUACAAACAUACUGAAAAUAUGCAAACUUCGCAAGGCUAUAUUUUCUGUAUUUUACAACAUUUCGUAACCAAAUUUUGCAAUUUUACUGAUUUUAAUAAGUUCUUUACGGGAAUUUACUUUUUUUGCCUAAAUAAAAAAUUAGUCUAACAUGCAAGUUGUCUAUUGUCAAUUAUAAUUGAUGCUUUAAAAAGUGAUAGCAUUUUUACAGCAAUGUAAGCAAAUCCUACUGAACUGCAGACAUCAUUUGAGUUUGUUUGCCGAUUGAGAAACGUAUCGAAAAAUAGAAAUUUUGAAUGUGUAUAGUCAUAACGUGAAGAUAUAGUAUAUCAUAUCGUCACAUGAAGUAUAGUAUAUCAUAUAUUCGUUACUUUUGAGCGCAUGUUACGUAAAUACAUAGAGGAUAUUGUGUAAAUUCUAAAAGUCACGUGAUCGAUAUCUUCACUAGUGAAGAUAUGGGAAAUAUGUCACUGUGUAUUUCUCAGUAUCUCACUCUCUACUAUAUAUAAUAAAAAAAAUUCUUCUUUUAACGAGUUUUACGAUUCUGAUAUUUAGGUGGUGUUUUGUUCAGUCUGGAAGAAGGCGCCAGUUUUUGGAAUCAAUCCUUAACAUGGCGAAUUUUCUUUGCAUCCGUUAUCUCGACGUUCAGUCUGAACUGGCUGCUCUCGAUAUAUCACGGACAUAGCGGGGAAUUGUCCUACCCAGGACUUAUCAAUUUCGGAACAUUUUCAGUGAGUAUAGCUAAAUAUUUCAUUGUAUCAUUUUUCACAUUUUCUUUUCUAUAAUCUUCUUCUAAUUCUUCAAAAAGAUAAUAGUCUUUCGAGAAUGCAAGAGUAAGACUUAUACUCUUCGCUGAGAUGUAAAGAUUAUAUGCUUGUAUGAUGAUUUGUUUAUUUAUCUCUGAUGUUUUUAUAGGAUAUUAAAUAUUCUGUUUACGAAAUUCCGUUCUUAUUGUUUAUGGGAUUAAUAGGUAAGAUUCAUGUUUUCAAAAUUUAAAAUUUUAUAUCCAUAUGUUUUUAAUAGUUGUUUUUUAAACCAUCUAUAUGGUGUGUUGAAUUUUUCAAAGGAUUUUUUAAAGUUAUCAAACUCUUUUCGUUGGUUCGAUAAAACAAAUUUGUGUGAAACCAAGAAAAGGUUGUCCAAUUUCAAUGAUUUCUCAUUUUCUAUGUGUUGUGUUUUUCAGGAGGCUUGUUGGGAGCUUUAUUCAAUUUCAUCAAUCAAAAAUUGACUGUUUUUAGAAUGAGGUAAACUACACUUUCUUUUUUCCAGUAAAGUUAAGUUUUCCUUAAGUUAUGGUACAGGGCUUGAAAUAGCGGGCUGCCAUUGGCCAAAAGUAGACCAUAUUUUAGAAAUAGCAGUCAAAAACAAAUCAGAACUGCCAAGUCCAAAAAAUGGCAGGUGAAAUUCUAUAGAUAAAUUUGAUUUCGUUUGCUUACCUCAACUCAUAUAUACUAGAUCAUUUAGUUGACUAAAUACGUUUAUAUUUGAAAUGUAAAUCCAAGUUUACUGUCUAGUAAAAUAGACAAGUUUAAAAAUAAUAAAAAAAUGCAUAUCAUGAAAACAUUGAUUUUUACAAUAUGACUCAUAUGAGACAUUGCCAUUUUGGCAGUUCAAUUAACAAAAAUGGCAAGCUAAAAUUUAUUUUUCCUGCCAAAAAAUUUUAGACUGGCAGGCCAUAUUUUUUUUUCUACUUCGAUCCCCGGUUAUGAACAAUAUUGUCAAGUUAUCUACGUGCCAAAUUAAAUUGUUAAAUGAAAUGAAAUACUUUAUAUUUCAGAUACAUUAAAUCAGCUUGGAAGCGAGUCCUCGAAGCUGUAGUUAUUGCCGCCAUCACGACUUGUGCUUCAUUCAACCUGAUAUAUUAUUACGACGUUUGUCAACCUAAUGGCGUCAACAAUAUCUCCCAACCUUUACGGGUAUUGUUUUGUUAAUUUCAUUGUUACAAGCUUUCAAACUCAGGGAAGAAUCUAGCAUCUUCCAAUUUUUCAGCGUGUUUAUUUUGACCAAUACUACCAGUCUAAUACGAAACUUCUGAUGUUUUAAAAGUUUUUCUGCAAAGAUGGUGAAUACAGUUUGAUGGGAACGCUUUUAUUCAGAAGACCAGAGGAAUCGAUCAAAAGUUUAUUCCAUACAACACAAGGUGAUUGUCCAGUUUCCGAUCAACAAGUGGAGGACCCUAACGGAUCUCUAUAGGGAUAACAGUUUAGAACUGAUAGAGUUAUCCAGUAUAAAUAAAGUUAGUUUAGUUUAGGUUUCCUCCUGUAGUAACACUGGAUCAAUAAGGGAUGACCCUUACUGGACCUCUAGGAAGAACAGUUUAGAACUGAUAGAGAUAUCCAGUAUAAAUAAAGUUAGUUUAGUUUAGGUUUUGUUUCGUACUAAUAUUGGAUCAAGAAAGGAUGGCUGAGCUACCCAGUCCCCUUAAACAAACAACAAUUUAUUGCAAUAAACAAGUUAUUUUUAUUUUUCAGCGACUUACACAUUCCAAGUCCUGGCAUUAUUUUUCCCAGUCUACUUCCUGCUCGCGACGUGGACUUACGGAGCAUUCGUACCCAGUGGUCUGUUCGUGCCGUGUAUAUUGACUGGAGCAGCCUGGGGCCGACUCUUUGCUGUUUUCCUAUCUACGUUUUUGCCAAAUGAAUUUGUUUCUGAUACCUGUUUGUAUGCUGUCGUCGGGGCUGCCGCUUUUCUAGGUAUGCAAUUGGUCAGGGAUGGAUUUACUGGGGUGUGCACCCCCCCCCCCCUCCCCUCUAGCCCUGGCCAGAGGGGGUGCAGGGGGGGUGCUAUUUUUCGUGAUAAAGCAAAAAAGACAAAAUGAGAUACAGUAAUUUGAGUAAUAACAUGAUAAUAAGUGAACUGUGAACAACAAUUACAAUUCAAAUACAGUAGUUGAUGGGCGGGCGGCACACAUGACCAACACAACUCUGCAGUCGGCACCAGAGCACCCCCUACCAGAUCAUGCUGGAUCCAUCCCUGCAAUUGGUACACAACUUAUAUUGCACAUGUAAAAAUCUCACAUCUUGUAGCAAGUCUGCCAACAAGCCGUCAACAAGUUGUGCUCGCACUGCUUAUCACAAGUUGUCAACAAACAUGGAACAGCUUGUAACAACCUUGUUGAUAUUAUCAGACUUGUUGCAAGGUUGUUUCAACAAGUCCGAUGCAGUCAUGAUGUAACAGUAUUGUUAUAACUUUGUGUUGUCAACCUUGUAGCAUUUUUCUCAUUACUGUAUCAGAUUUGUUAGGACAAACUUGUAACAAGUCUAAUAAUGGCAUCACGUUUGUUACAAAUUGUUCAUAGUAACAGCUUGUAACAAUAUUGUUAUAUGAUGAAUGUAUCGGACUUGUUGGAACAACCUUGCAACAAGUCUGAUAAUAUCAACAAGGUUGUUACAAGUUGUUAACAGGUUGUUCCAAACUUGUUGACAACUUGGGACAAGCAGUGCGAACACAACUUGUUGACGGCUUGUUGGCAGACUUGCUACAGUCCUCGGCUUCCCCUCGGGCUUGAUCAAAUAGACCUUUCCCCUUAUGAGUGAAAUUUUGAUCUAGACAAGCCUGGACAAAAAUUUCAUCACAGCUUGAAAGAGCAUCACAAAAUUAGUAAUAUUCCGAAGUUUCGUUGCAAAAUAUUGUAAAAUGCGAUUAAUAUAGCCUUGCGAAGUUUGCCGUUUUUCAGUCAUUUUGCAUUACAAAUGGGAAAUUGAUAAUCAGUUUGAUCAUCUGAUUAUCAAAUUCCCGUUUGUAAUACAAAAUUACUGAAAAACGACAAACUUCGCAAGGCUAUAUUAACCGCAUUUACAACAUUUCGCAACGAAACUUCGGAAUAUUACUAAUUUUGUGAUGCUCUUUCAAGCUGUGAUGAAAUUUUUGUCCAGACUUGUCUAGAUCAAAAUUUCACUCAAAAGGGGAAAGGUCUAUUGCGCGGACUUGAAGUCUAGUGACUCUAGUCCAGUCCUCAUAGACAGAUUCCAAAUAUUACUUCCAGGUGGCGUGGUUCGUAUGACAAUAAGUUUGACGGUAAUUUUAAUGGAAGCGACAAGAAACAUCACGUAUGGUUUACCCAUGAUGCUGGUGAUUAUGGUGGCUAAAUGGGUUGGAGAUCUCUUCAAUGAGGUGGGGCAGAUACAUAUUAUUAUCUGAUUUUGUAUACUUAUCUUUACUGUUGCAUAGACCAUGUACCUGGGGGCUUGGGCCGACCUACGCACGCAAAAAUAUCACAUCUUGUACCCAAAACGCACAAAUUGUUACAAGUCCGCAAACAAGUUGUUACAAAUCUGUCCACAAGCUGUCGACAAGUUGUGUUCGCACUGCUUGUUCCAAGUUGUUGGAACAAGUUUGGAACAAGCGGUUAAUAACUUGUAGCAAGCUUGAUGCAAUCAGACUUGUUACAAGGUUGUUCUAACAAGUCUGAUACAGUGAUGAUAUGACAAGAAUGUUACAAGGUUGACGACACAAGGUUGUGACUAAAUUGCUAUAUCAUGACUGUAUCGGACUUGUUGGAACAACCUUGCAACAAGUCCGAUAAUAUUAACAAGGUUGUUGCAAGUUGUUAACAAGUUGUUCCAUACUUGUUGACAACUUGGGACAAGCAGUGCGAACACAACUUGUUGACCGCUUGUUGGCAGACUUGCUACAAGAUGCGAGAUUUUUGCGUGUGUAGCAAGUCUGCAAAAAAGCCGUCAACAAAUUGUGUUCGCACUGCUUGUCCCAACUUUUGAACAAGCUGCUAACAACUUGUAACAACCUUGUUGAUAUUAUCAGACUUGUUGCAAGGUUGUUCCAACAAGUCUGAUCAGUCAUGAUAUAACAAUAUUGUUACAACCUUGUGUCGUCAACCUUGUAACAUUCGUGUUAUAUCAUGACUGUAUCAGACUUGUUAGAACAACCUUGUAACAAGUCUGAUAAUGUCAUCAAGCUUGUUACAAGUUAUUAACAGCUUGUUCCAAACUUGUUACAACAACUAACAACUUGUCAGCAGGAUGUGUUUACACUGCUUGUUCCCAGCUUGUGGACAACUUACUACAAGGUUGUUGAUUCAACAGACUUGCUACAAAUUGUUGCAACAACUUGUUAUCAUCCUGCAGGUCAACAAGUUGUGAGUGACAACCUUAUAGCAACUUGAUAAAAUAACAGCAUUGUUACAACUUGUUGACAAGCUUGCUACAAGCCUGUUGCGAACACAUCUUGUUGACAAGUUGUGAGAUUUUCACGUGCGUAUGUACCCAUCCACCAACAUACCUAGCCAACCACCUUUCAAUUACAUGGUUAUAUACCCACGUUUCUUACAAUUCUUAGGGUUUGUAUGACAUACAUAUUAGGCUAAGCCGAGUUCCAAUCUUGGGUUGGGAUCCACCACAAAUGGUCGAGGGAUUAAAUGCCAGGCAAGUUUUUUAAGAUACAACUUUUGGUUUUUCAAUGAAAAUGAUUUUUAACAGAUUCUGUCAUUUGUUUAGAAAUAUUAUGAAUAAACCUGUUUGCUGCAUGAAUUUAGUGGAAAAUGUAAGCACCGGUAAUUUAAUCAGGGCUCAAAAUAACGGGAGAUAGGUCUCCGGUCAAAAUGACUGGCCAACGUGAUUUUAGCUUGGUCAAAAUCUGUUUUUGACCGGUCAUUGAUACGCUUACACUAACAGUGAAACAAAUUAUUAGAAACGUGUUUCGAUACAUCAUAGUUUCAUGUUUUAAUUCAAGAUAUCAGCAAUCACAUUGGAAGGCAUGAAAAUGUGGCCGGUCAAAAUGACCGGUGAGGUAAAAAAGUGACCGGUCAAGAGGCAUUUUUGGCCGGUCAUUGUUCGUUGACCCGCCGUUAUUUUGAGCCCUGACUUUAAUGUGUAUCAGACACGAGGCUUAGUUGCACAAGUCAGGAUACAGUGUCUCAUGAAUUAUGAGUGAGUUUGUUUUUUUUCCGCCCUGCUAAUAGCGUUUUUCUUGUGACAUUGAAGGUUGGUCGUGUUAUUGACCUUCUUAAAACAACCACACAUAAUGGCUUCCCUGUUGUUGAUCCAUUACCGGAGGUAGAAAUUUUAUAUUUCUAUAGAUCUU